AGUUGGGUUGGUUGGUUACCAGACAUCGAGUACCUGUACGGCAACUCUCCAUCGACCCACUGUUAAAAGGCUACCGUUGUCCAGCAAUAAAUCGCGCCGCCACCCCAGUACACUUUUAGCACAAUCUCGCCGUACCCUUAGUAGCGCCACUCCCCCAGCAUCACCGCUGCACGGCUACGUACACGCAAGGCUGCGCGCAUCUUCAACCGCUUUGAUAUCCAAUCUGCUCUUUGCAUCUACCACCAAAGUCACUCUGCAUCGCAUUGGAUGCAUGUCUCUGGAACACCGCCAGUGCCAGAGCUGACGGGGGAUAUUUAACGGCCUAAGUCCAAACUCAACUGCAUCACUCACCUUGGGAAACUGUCACUUGAAAUCCCACUAGAACUUCGCAGCCUCGCCUUCAUUCCGAGCUUCAAAACUCUUAAGCCAGCCAUCUCCAUCCUCUCACAGCACAUCUCAUCAUUCCCUUCAAAAAUCGGUCCCAAUGGAGCAACAGCCGAAUAACGGCGUCAGUGAAGCCGGCGCAGCACCCAUACUAGACACCAACGGCGGCGCCUCUGCGAUGAAUCCCGAUGUCAUGGCUGCCAUGAUCAUGUCCACCCAAGGCUUCAUGCCAGACGGCUCCCUCGCCGCCACGGCCAUCACAGAUCCCUCCAUCAUGGCUCCCAUAAUGUUCAACAACGGAAAUCCCGCUGCCGGCCUCGCCAUGCCCGACAGGGCCAUCACAGCAGAUGAAAUCGCCCUCUAUGAUCGGCAGAUCCGCCUCUGGGGCAUGGCCGCACAGGCCAAGAUCCAGAGCGCAAACAUCCUCCUCAUCACCAUCAGAGCCCUCGCCAACGAGAUCGCCAAGAACCUCGUCCUCGCCGGCGUCGGCUCCCUCACCGUGCUCGACAACGCCCUCGUCACAGAGGCCGACCUGGGCGCGCAGUUCCUCCUCUCCGAGGUCGAGGACCCCGUUGGCCAGAACCGCGCCGAGGCCGCUAGCGCCGCGCUGCGCAAGCUGAAUCCCCGUGUCCAGAUCCACGUCGACGCAGAAGGUGUCAAGGCCAAAGGCCCCAGCUAUUUCGCUGGCUUCGACAUCGUCAUCGCCACGGAUCUCGAUCCCGACUCAUUCAAUCUCAUCAACACGGCUACUCGCCUCAAUGGCAAGGCCUUUUACGCUGCAGGAACACACGGCAUGUACGGCUUCAUCUUCAGCGAUCUGAUAGAACACGACUACGUCAUUGAGCGCGACCUCGGAAACGUCGCCACAGAGCCCAAGCAGGAGACGCGCACCAGGUCCAUCGUCGACGUCAAGACCAAGAAGGAAGGCCCCAAAGUCAUCGAGUCCGUCACAAAACGAGAGCUCUAUUCCACCUGGUUCCUCGCCAGCGACGUCGCCAGCCUGCCAGAAGAGUACACAAAGUCCAAGCGCCGUCUAAGAAGCGUCUCCCCGACGCUCUCCUGUCUGCGCGCCCUGUGGGAAUUCAUGCAGAUCCAAGGCGGCCGUCUACCAGGCAACCGCGAGGACCUCAAGCUCUUCACCCAGAUCGCCACGCAGAAGCACAAGGCCCUAAACCUCCCCAGCGAAACGCUCAAGCCCGAGUUCCUGCGCAGCUUCCUGCAAAACCUGGGCAGCGAAAUCGCCCCCGUCACGGCCAUCCUCGGCGGCCAGCUGGCGCAAGACGUCAUCAACGUGCUGGGCCAGAAGCAGCAGCCCAUCCAAAACAUGGUCAUCUUCGACGGCACCACCAUGGAGGCCCUCAUGUACCCCCUGCACCCCGAGGGCAUCCUCGGCGCAAACCUACUUUCCCUUGGCGGCCCCGUCGACCCCAUGGCUCCCAACGGGGGCAUGAUGAUGCCUCCUGAUAUGCCCCUCGGCCUCGACGCCAGCAUGGUCAUGCCACCGCUGGAUCCGACCGCCCUGGCCCAGUUGCACGGCAUGCCCAUGGGCAUUCUUCCCGCUGUUACAGGCGCCGAUCUGGCCGGUCACGUAGCCAUUCCUCAGCCCGAUGCCGGCCAAGUACCUGUAUCAGCAGUCGGAAGUGAACCCGUGUCCGCACCUCCAGCUACCACAAGCGCCAGCGAUGCAACAGACGCACCAGCUCAGGCCGCACCCUGAGAUUAAGCAUUCAUCAGCGGAACACAAAGGAGAAAGGACAUUUGGACUCCAUAGUAUAAAUGAUGACGAGAUUUACGAUAUACAAGACGCCAUUUCAGCCCCAAACUGACUGAGGGGAGGUGGACAGGAUACAGAAAACAAAUGGAUUUGGGCAUAUUGUAUGUUAAGAGUGUACUUUCAUAGUAGUCGGCACAUAAAUCGUGCCUCAAGAAAUCUUUGCAAAUUUUACAGCACAGAAUCAUCACUC